ACAAAAAGGAGCACAAGUGGAUAGUGUUUGAUCAAGUAUUAGCACAGAAAGUAAUAUGGCUGAUACCAGUUCAAGGACUGAUGUCUCAACUGAUGGUGACACAGAUCAUAGAGAUCUGGGGUCUGAUAGAGGGCAAAUGCUUGCUGCUGCAUCUGAUUCCAGUGAUCGAUCAAAGGAUAAGUUGGAUCAAAAGACCCUUCGUAGGCUUGCUCAAAAUCGUGAGGCAGCAAGAAAAAGCAGAUUGAGGAAGAAGGCGUAUGUUCAGCAGCUGGAAAAUAGUCGAUUAAAGCUGACUCAACUUGAGCAGGAGCUGCAAAGAGCAAGACAGCAGGGCGUUUUCAUCUCAAGUUCAGGAGACCAAGCUCAUUCUACUGGUGGAAAUGGGGCUUUGGCAUUUGAUGCAGAACAUUCACGAUGGCUUGAAGAAAAGAACAGGCAAAUGAACGAGCUGCGAUCUGCCCUGAAUGCUCAUGCAGGUGAUACUGAGCUCCGGAUAAUUGUGGAUGGAGUGAUGGCUCACUAUGAGGAGCUUUUCAGGAUUAAGAGCAAUGCAGCUAAAAAUGAUGUCUUCCACUUAUUAUCUGGAAUGUGGAAAACACCAGCUGAGAUAUGUUUCUUGUGGCUUGGCGGGUUCCGCUCAUCCGAACUUCUCAAGCUUCUUGCGAAUCAGCUAGAGCCCAUGACAGAACGACAGGUAAUGGGCAUAAAUAGCUUGCAGCAGACGUCACAGCAGGCGGAAGAUGCUUUAUCUCAGGGGAUGGAGAGUUUACAACAAUCCCUAGCUGAUACUUUAUCCAGUGGAACUCUUGGUUCCAGUUCAUCUGAUAAUGUCGCGAGCUACAUGGGUCAGAUGGCCAUGGCAAUGGGGCAGUUAGGCACCCUCGAAGGAUUCAUACGCCAGGCUGAUAACUUGAGGCUGCAAACACUACAACAGAUGCUUAGAGUAUUAACAACACGUCAGUCAGCUCGUGCUCUUCUUGCUAUACACGAUUAUUCAUCUCGAUUACGUGCUCUUAGUUCCUUAUGGCUUGCUCGGCCAAGAGAGUGAAACACAAGAAUAGUGCUCUGCUCAGCCCUAUACAUGAUCUUAUGACUCAGAUCGGCAGGAUUCUCCUUCCAAGAGAUCACAAAGCAAGGCCUUCUCAGAUUCUUACCGAAAGCAAUAUUUUGGGAAGAAGACUGCAGAUUUUGAAAUUGGUUUUCUGAGGUCCCAAAGACUUGAGUGUGGUGUGUGUUGUAAUCUUUAGCCAUCAGGUUGCAUAGUUUUUAGAGAGUGAAUGUUUAUAGGUCUUUGAAUAUUCAAAGCGGAUAGGUGAUCAGGUCGUAGUUACCAACAUGACAGAAGAUGGGAUCCUUUCAGGAACUUGGAUUGUAUGAUUAUAAACUGAAGCAGACCAAUUCAAUUUAUAUUGAGUUAAUAAAAGAGAGAGUGCAGAUUGUGUAUCUUGAAAUCAUAGCAAGAUUUGCACUGUAACAGAUAAAGCUUACAGAGGUUU